CAAAGACAGGAGCAGGACAUCUACUGAAGCAGAUUCCUGUACGGGACAAGCCUGAUGCUGCAGGUUGCCGACUUGGAAGCCUGUGAAUAUUCCUGGAACUGAAAGUCAGAAGCAAUCUACCUGCAAUGGAACAAUCAAUACCUCUUUUACUGCUUGCUCUGGGCAAAGUAGUGGCCUCUUUACAUUAUGAAGGUUCUGGAUACCCAGCUGAUGAGAGCUAUAACAACGAAGUUUAUGUUGAAGCUCCUCCUUCUGUCCCGCGGCUGGAUUAUAGAGUCCCUCGCUGGUGUUAUGACCUACAAGUUCAGGAUGGAGAAGCUGCAUGCUACUCACCACGUGGAGGGAGCUAUCGAAGUACUCUUGGAACACGCUGUCGUAUCUCAUGUGACCAGGGAUUUCGUCUUAUUGGACAGAGCUCAGUGCAGUGCUUGCCAAGCCGUCGCUGGUCUGGAUAUGUGCACUGCAGAAAAAUCCGAUGCCAUGUCCUUCCAGCAAUACUAUUCGGAUCUUAUCAGUGUUCAAAUGGUGUUUUUGAGGGCUCCAGGUGUGACUAUUCUUGUUCUCCUGGUUACCAAAUAGAGGGAGAUCGCAGUCGUAUCUGUAUGGAAGAUGGAUUAUGGAGCGGCGGAGAGCCUGUCUGUGUAGAUGUGGAUCCUCCUAAGAUUCAGUGCCCUACCUCUCGGGUCAAAGUGGCUGAGCCAGAGAAAUUAACUGCCAUGGUGUAUUGGGGCAACCCACAGGUGAAGGAUUCAGCAGAUGGCGUUAUCACAAGAGUUCGUCUGCGUGGGCCGGAACCAGGAUCCGACUUUCCAGAGGGAGAACAUGUGAUCCGAUACACUGCACAUGACAGAGCACACAACAGGGCAAGCUGUAAAUUUAUAGUGAAAGUAAUAGUGAGAAGAUGCCCUGUGCUUAUACCUCCUCUUCAUGGACACCUAACAUGCAGCUCAGCAGGAAAUAACUAUGGAGCUACCUGCGAAUAUCAGUGUGAAGGAGGCUAUGAGCGUCAGGGACCUCCAUCCAGAGUUUGUUUGUUCGGCCAGCAAUGGGCUGGAACCCCGGCUACCUGCACACCCAUGCAGAUAAAUGUCAAAGUGAACUCUGCUGGGAGUUUCCUGGAUCAGUUCUUUGAGAAGAUGCGACUUCUGAUUGUCUCAGCUCCAAGUUCCUCAGACCGAUACUACAGGAUGCAGAGCCCUGUCUUGCAGAGCGCUUCCUGUGGGAUGGAUCAGCGGCAUAUAAUUGUUGUUGAGUUGAUUGGAGAAUCCCCCCGAGAAGUGGGCCGUGUACGCUCCCAUCAGCUCUCAGCGGAGCUCAUUGAAGAACUCAGACAGGCAUUACUUAUUUCCCGGUCUUACUUCAAUAUGGUUCUCAUUGACAAGCAUGGUGUUGAUCGUGAGCGAUAUAGGGAGCCCACUACAUCAGAAGACAUCUUUACUUUUGUUGAUACCUAUUUACUGAGCCCUCAGGAGGCUGCCAUGUUAAAUGCUGGUAAAGACAAUUGUGAUCAAUGAACAAGUUGUCCUUUUUGUAGAGCUACAGCUGAAGACUCAAAGGCCCUUAAUCCUGCCAUAGAUAUCAAAGAAGGAACUAUACUUUCUUCAUGAUUGCGUGGUGUUGAGACUUAGCAGGCACUUGAGAAAACAGAUUUUGAUGACUACAGUAUUUAUAAACUAAUUUUAACAUUUAAAUAGCGUGAAUAGUAACGGGUCAAUUUAUUAAAGUCUGGCGGACAUUAUAUGCUGCAGCGUAUCAUGUCCGCUAGACAUCGCUGAAUGCGGACAGCAUAAGCUGUCCAUAUUCAGCAUUGCACAAGCAGUUCUAGCGAACUGAUUGUGCAAUACUGCCCCCUGCAGAUUCGUGGCCAAUCGGCCGCUAGCAGGGGGUGUCAAUCAGCCCGAUCAUAUAGGAUUGGGCGGAUUACUGUACGCAGCAUCAGAGGUGGCGUAUGAGUUAAGGAGCAGCGGUCUGUAGACCGCUUCUUCUUAACUCCUGUUUCCAGCGAGCUUAAAGGCUCACGCGGAAACAGGGUGAAUUGGCCCAAUUUGGACAAUAAUAAAUUGACCCCUAAGUGUGGGCUGAAUGGCAGCAUCAUGAUGUGUGCUCAAGGACGGCAAUGUUCUACUGUGAGGAUGGCGAAAGUGAUGCAACUGAUAAAUGCUAUGUGCAACAAAUACUAAAAUGUUUAGUUCAAUAAAAAUCUUAUUUAUGAAA